CUCACAGAGCAAGCGAUCCCUCAGUACAGCACGGACAUCAUGUCCUCCUGACUUUCCGCUAGAAAUCGAGCUUUCGAUUUUCAGUGAGAGAGAACCAGCGUUUCGGAGCAUCAUCAAUUCUUCGGUUCGGGGUCGAUCCUUGGGUUCGACUGACUGUACUGAGUCGCGGCUCUUUUCUUCCGAUUGCCUCUCUAUUUCUUUCGUUGCUGUGUCCUAAGUGAAGUGCUCACCAUGGUGAAUGCCGUAGAAACGAAAGUCCUGCCGGAAAAGCAGGAGAAAUCGAAGCUCGUCAAAUUCGGACAGACCAUCAACUUGAAUCUGGGAUGUCUGGGCAUGGGUCUCAUGACUUCCGUAAUCGGAGUCACUCUUCUAGAUUUGGCAGAAAUCUACGGCACCACCACCAGAGAUGCCUCGCACAUCAUCACAUUCAGAGGCUGUGGAGCUCUGAUGGGAUCCCUAUUCGGUGGGAUGCUCCUGGAUAGGUUCAAUACCCAGAUUCUGAUCACGUCAGCUCUGCUCAUAGCCUCGAUAGCCUCGAGUCUGAUUCCCAUCUGUCCCACAUUGCCCAUGGCCUACGCCGCGACUUUCGUUUACGGUCUCACAGUCGGAAUCUUCGACACCGGUGCCAAUAUUUGGAUUAUUAAUUUAUGGGGCAAGAAAAACGGGCCGAUGCUGCAGAUAUACCAUUUCGCCUUCGGAAUCGGUGGUCUGCUGUCGCCGAUCGUCGCAGAGCCUUUCCUCAGCCUUCACCACAAGAGCACCGGAGACGCCAUCAGCCACUCUCAUUCCGUGCGCUCGAUCGAUGUCUUCGAUGAGACAUCUAUACCGUUCUACAACGGUACCCGACCUAUUGCAACCAUCCUCAGGCCUUCCCGCAUCGACAUUCCUUACGGAAUAAUCGCCUCGGUCCACUUCCUCCUCUUCAUUUCUAUGUUUGUGUUCUACUGGAUCGACUCUUCCGACACGAAACCACCCCCGGCCGUUCAGAACGAGGGCGUCACUGCGGGCAAAUGCAAAAGAUACACCUUGUUGAUGUGCCUGUCCUUCUAUCUGAUGAUCUACGUUGCUCUUGAAAGCUGCCUGGGGCAGAUGUUGUCCGCAUUUGCCGUGAAGAGCAAGUUGCAAUUUACCAAAUCGCAAGCUUCCUAUCUGAGCUCUUUGUUCUGGACAACAUUCACGAUGUCCAGAGUGUUCUCAGCGUUUUGGGCGUUGAAAUCAACGCCGAAAUGCAUGAUGUUCACCGAGCACACGAUGUCGCUGUUUGCUUUCGGAAUGUUCCUAUGGUUCGGCGAAACCAACAAAACCAUGGUUUGGGCCUGCGCUGCCAUGGUCGGAAUCGGAGCCGCCGGAAUGUACGCCACAGUCAUCACAUGGACGGUCGAAUUCAUGCCACUGACGAACAAAAUGAUGUCCAUCUCGACAAUAUUCUCCGGCUCAGGGGGAAUGGCGCCUCCCUUCAUUGUCGGGCGGGACAUCGACGAAAAUCCCAUGAUUUUGAUGUACGCCUGUACUGGCCUCUGCGUUCUUCUCACCAUAAUCAUGGGCAUGAUGUGGGUGAUCACGAGCACAAUGACCCCUCGAAAAUCGAUGGUCAUAAACGCUGCGGAACUCGACUACGUCGAAGACGCCGAGAAAGGAGCCAAAGCUGUCGUCGUUGCUAAGAUGUAAAGAAAUGCUGUACCUAAAUUAGAAAUGCUUCUAUUGUCCAAUGGUCCUGCGCCUGAAUGUCUGAGAGAUUAUUCAUAGUGGUCUGGAACGAUAAUAAUUGUAUGACUCGUCGCACACGUACGAAGGAGGAUGAUCGAGUGCGGGUGAACGUACUCGACGGAAGAACUUCGUCUGUGACGCUUCCGGGCCCGAUUGCCGUUGCUUUAGCUGGAGUCCUAGUUCAAAAGCGAGGAAUCCGCGGCGCAUCGCGGAUAGAACUGUACGGCAGAGCCGAUAUUGAUAUCAUCAUUCUGGAGCUUACGACAAAGCUAAUUUACCAACUGUUGAUUCUGUUCAUACAUAUAGUAUAUCAACAAUCAGUCAGGGUUUCUGUUAAUACCACGACCAGUGUACAGUUCUUAUAUAUACGUGUAAUAAAUACCCCGAACCCUGCCUGAU